CUCACGUGCUGCGCGAACCGCAAGUCGCGGCGCGCCAGGCGGUCGCAGGACUCGCCUACGACGACUGAGCUCACCGAAGAGUACGACGACGACGACGGCGACGUCGUCGCGGGCGGUGCUGGCGAGGUCGAUGCCGACGACGACGGCGACGAAGUGCCCUCUUCCACGGAGGACGGAAUUUCGUCGUCGACGACAGCUGCGUCGCCAGGGACUUCCGCCGCUCCGACGAGGCCCAGCCUUUCCAACGCUCACCCGCCCGUUCGAGUCUCGACGCCCAAAGCCGAAACCGAACCGCCGGCGCCCACUAGCCCGAGUACCACGAGUACAACCACUACUACAACCACCACCACGACGACGACCACAAGACGUCCCACGACCACUACGCCGCCGCCGACGACCACCACGGGACGCGCAACAACAGCGGCAGCGCCGCUGCCCCCCGCUGCACCGGCGAGACCCCGGCUGCCGCCGACGACGUACUCGGCGCCCACCCAAUCCCGGUCGGACGACUCUGCGUGCCCGCGUCGCGAAGACAUCCACCCGUGCCAGUGCAUCGAGCUGCCCAGCAAGAUACCUGGCGACGUCGAGACGGUCGCCACGUGCAAGAACAUCCGGAACCACCAGGUACUCAGCGAUGCCCUCAAGGGAUUCCAACACUACCGGAUCAACUUCUUUGUGCUCGACAGCUGCAAGCUGCCCCCGUUCCCCAACGGUCUCUUUCACAACGUUGACGUCGAAUGGAUGGAAGUGCUCAACUCGACCGUGCAGUUUCAGAAGAACUUCUUUGCCUGCUCCAAGGACUGCCUCUGAACUGUGUGCCAGACAGCUGAGUGUAGUGCCGAGUCACAAACAAUUCGCACCAGUGAACAAAGAGACCAUUUGCACAGCAACAUUGAACAAUGACUUGCAAGGUCACGUGAGGAAAUGUGCCGGAAAUGUAGGUCUUGGAACUCCAGCAAAAAAGCCAAUGUGCUGCGUUUUUCUGGCGUGAAGUGUAGGGCACACGGACAAAUUGUGCUUCCUGAAGAACAGCAUUUUUUUUGGGGGGGGGGGGGGGAGGUGAGAAGCCAACCAUGUCUUAUACAAUAAGUUAGCAAGCCAGCAAGGGUUUCUUUUUCUUUGCAGAAUGUUCAGCACGCAUGCAGAGAUGUUUUACAUUUUCUUUUUUUUUCUUUACUAUAAAUGUAGUUACACGUGCAACCUCGGCUGAUGAAGCCAGAUUUUAGUCCAAGUUUCUGGGACAGUGCCAGGCAUUCACUGCAGAUGUUUUCCGUCCAUGGAUAACUCGUGCAAUUGGCAGUAUGUAACAAGGCAGUGUCUUAAGCUUUUAUAUUGUAACACAGUGAUGCAGAUAUAAGGCUUCCAUGUUUGCAAACUUGCCCAACAGUCUUCCCGGUUGCUCAUCCGUAUGCAUCUUCGAAGUGUGGAGUGGGUGUCAAUGUUCUGUGUAGCCCGAGUUCAUUACACACAGCACGUGGCACAGUGGCCAAGACAGAAAAAACAACUAAUACUUAGGUCUUAAAUACUAAAUGUGGGUAAAAACUUAAGCACAACCCACUUAAACUAAAUACUUAUACAUUACGUCACAAAUGAGACAGGUGUAAAUACAUAAUGCAAAUUCAAUGUUGCUACUGAGUGCAUUCGCAGCACAUGUACAUGAGCGGUCACCUCAAGAGUGACGAAACAUGACAAGUGUCAUUGUAAUCUAUCAUACCUGUUCUCGUCUCUCGCGAGUUACCACUUUUUUUUAAUUGUGUGAUGUUGGAAGUGCUGUUAAAGACAAACCAAUCUCACACACAAAUAUCAACAGUGAUUGUGCAGAGACUGCAACAGUGAACUAAAGACCAUCAAAGCCUAAGCCACAUUCUUUCAUUUAAAGUAAGACGGUGGCAUAAUUUGCAUGACCUUUGUGACAAUAACCACAAAAGAGCCUUCUUUCAACUCUCCAUGAGAUUUGUGUCAUCAGAAUGUAAAAAGUUCCCGUUUAUUUGCUCAAACAGUACAAUUGCCAUAAAACCAUGUUUCACUGUUAUGUAUUCACAUGUGCACAAAUACAGUGCUGUAAAUAGUAUCCUGCUCUCCUGCCUGUUCAUCUUCCUAGCCAAGUCAGUGUUUUCACAAACAAUCAAGACCUCCAUCCCAAGUGUUUUCCAAGUCACCUGGACUUCUCAUUUCUGGCAGAUGGCUCUGCAAGCCCAUCUGAACACGGAUAAUGCUCAACACCACCAUCACUGGAACAACUGUUUCCCAAAGUAAUGAAGUUUCCCAUUGUAUGCCAAGGCUCAUACAUGGCACAAGUCAUAGGGAUGAUCUGCAGCUUUCUGUGUCUUGUAUUUAUGCAUGCAAAGUUUGAGCUAAACUGAGUGGCAUUACAACUGUGCUCAAGACAUCCAUUAAAGUUUUGUCCUUGUUAAGAAA